AUGAAGUUCUUCAUUUUUACUUGCCUUUUGGCUGUUGCUCUUGCAAAGCAGGAGUCCAUGGACAUCUCUCAGGAAAACUUUAAGAAGGAUAUGGAUGUAGUCAUUUUCCCCAGAUAGGAAACUGUAAAGAACAUUCACAUUCCCCAAAUGGAAUCCGCUGAAGCUCCCAUGAAGAACAAAUGCUACCAAACUAUUCAGAAGUUCCAAACACCCCAAGCCCUCAAGGCUCUUUAUCAACAUCACAUUGCUAGGAAUCCAUGGGGAAAUACUGUGAAUCGUGCCUUCCCCUCCACUCGCACUCUGCAAUAUAACCAGAAUAUGAUGGACAUGAGUAUGAAAGCCAGAGAGAAUAUGAUGGCUGAAGAAGAAAAGAACAUGCAAGACUACAUGAACAAAAUGAAACAAUACAGCAAAAUCACCUGGCCUCAGUUUGUAAAACUUAUGCAUCAAUAUCAGAAAACGAUGAAUCAUCGGAGCUAUUAUCCCUAUACUCCCAGCAUGGUUUGA